AUGGCUUCCCCAAGCCUCAUUCUCCUUCAAGACCUCGCAGUCGCCACCAUCAUCUUCUUCACCACUCGUUUCUUCUUCCGCUCCAUCUUCAAAACCCCUCACCGGAAGCUCCCUCCCGGCCCCACCGGAUGGCCUCUCGUCGGAGCCCUCCCUAUUCUAGGCUCCAUGCCUCACGUCACCCUCUUCAAGCUAGCCAGGAAAUACGGUCCCGUUAUGUACCUCAAAAUGGGCACCACCGGCAUGGUCGUCGCCUCCACGCCGGACGCCGCUCGGGCGUUCCUCAAAACCCUCGACGUUAACUUCUCUAACCGGCCGCCGAACGCCGGCUCCAUCAUCCUAGGUUACAACGCCGACAUGGUGUUCGCCGACUACGGCUCAAGGUGGAAACUUGAGAGGAAAAUAAGCAACCUGCACAUGCUCGGAGGGAAAGCCCUCGACGACUGGGCUUAUUUCCGAACGGUGGAGCUCGGCCACAUGCUGGCAGCCAUGUACGACGCGAGCAAGCAAGGGCAAGCCGUGGUGGUGCCGGAGAUGCUGACCUACGCCAUGGCCAACAUGGUAGGGCAAGUGAUUUUGGGGAAGAGGGUGUUCGAGACGAAGGGAUCGGAGAGUAAUGAGUUCAAGGACAUGGUGGUGGAGCUGAUGACGAGCGCCGGAUUAUUCAACAUCGGCGAUUUCAUUCCGUUCUUGAGGCGGCUGGAUUUGCAGGGAAUAGAAAGCGGGAUGAAGAAUCUGCAUCACAAGUUCGAUGUUUUGUUGACGAAGAUGAUCCAAGAACACGAGGCUACUGCUCAUAAACGAAAGGGCAAGCCUGAUUUCCUGGACAUUGUUACCAAACACAGCAAGGACAACCCUGAGGGAGAGACACUUACCUUGACCAACAUCAAGGCACUUCUUCUGAACCUCUUCACAGCCGGAACUGACACGUCAUCAAGUAUCAUAGAGUGGGCCCUAGCAGAAAUGUUGCAGAACCCCUCAAUCAUGAAGCGAGCUCACGAAGAGAUGGACCGAGCCAUCGGCCGUCAACGACGUCUCCAAGAAUCCGACAUAGCCAACCUCCCUUACUUCCAGGCGAUCUGCAAGGAGACGUACCGGAAACAUCCAUCGACGCCGCUGAAUCUGCCGCGAGUUUCGAGCGAAGCCUGCGAGGUGAACGGUUACUACAUACCCAAGGGGACAAGACUGAGUGUGAACAUCUGGGGGAUCGGGAGGGACCCUGAUGUGUGGGAGAAGCCAUUGGAGUUCAACCCAGACAGGUUCAUGAGUGGUCGGAACGCCAAGAUCGAUCCACGUGGCAACGACUUCGAGCUGAUCCCGUUCGGAGCCGGGCGGAGGAUCUGUGCCGGAACCAGGAUGGGCAUCGUCCUUGUCCACUACAUUCUGGGAACUUUGAUUCAUUCCUUUGACUGGAAGCUCCCGCAUGGGAUUUCUGAGUUGAACAUGGAGGAAAGUUUUGGGCUUGCCUUGCAGAAGAAAGUGCCUCUCGCUGCUUUGGUUUCUCCUAGGUUGUCUCCUAAUGCUUACAUUCCAUAGAAACCGAGUUAGGGAUAUGUUUGUUGUCUGAAACAUUAUGGGAUCGUUACACAAUUAAGCUUUAAUUUCCAUCUUUUUUUUCCCUUUAAUCUUCGUUUUCUGUUUAAUCAUGAUGCAUGGAGGUCUGUCUAUCUCUGUGAAGAGAGGCUUUUGAAAUCUAAUAACAAUAUUUAGAAGAUCUCUUUUGGUGGCA